AUGUCGAAAUUAAGGACCCUAGAGCAUGUUCGCAGUUUUGAAGAAAUACACUCGCUUUUCGAUGUGAUCGAUAAAAAAGGUCAAGGCACAUUUGCUACUGUUUUUACCGUAAGGGAGAAGUCCGUUCCUAAUUCUGAACUUUAUGCAUUAAAGAUGAUUAUCCCUACCACAGAUCUUAAACGGAUAGAGAAUGAACUCCGGAUUUUGCGUCAAUUGAAUGGAAAACAUGGCGUCAUAAAAAUGCUGUCAGCCAUGCGAAUUCGCGACCACACUUUUAUUCUAAUGCCGUACAUUGAUCAUAUGUCUUUUUCGGUACUUAAUAUCUCAUCAUUUGAAAUUCAGAGCUAUUAUUUGACUUUUAAGGAAAAAGACAUACGAAGAUACCUUCUGCAUCUCUUGCGAGCACUCGAAUACGUCCACCGCUACGGCAUUAUUCACAGGGAUGUUAAGCCCUCCAACUUUUUGCUGGACCGGCGUACUCAAAAUGGUAGUGCUAGUGGCGGUGGAGGUAGUUCCACAGAGGAGCAAUGCGUCUGCGGCAACCGCCUGACCUUGUGUCGCGGUUGCCGUGGCUAUUCCAAGCAUCCUCCCGUCCGUCGGGGCGGCACUGUCGGCUACAGAGCCCCCGAAGUGGUCCUCCGCUCUUUCCGUCAAACCACAGCUAUUGAUUUGUGGGCCGUCGGGGUGGUAUUAUUGACCUUUCUCAGCGGCCGUUACCCUUUCAUCAAGGUGGAUGAUGACCUAGAGGUUCUUCAUGCUUUCACUCACCUUCUCGGUUAUGAGCGGAUGCAACAGGGCGCCCACGUGGUCGGUAAACGCCUCCUAGUCGAUCCCAAGCCACCGCCCCUACAAGAGGGAGAAACUCCAACCGUUUUCCUUAAAAAGCGACUGGUCACUAUUCGUAAGAACGAGCGGAAAUUGAUCGCUCCGCCACCGGUGAUGAAUGAGGUAGCCUCCCCACCCGAGUCUCACGGAGUCGCCCUUUCCAACACCCACAAAUUUCCCGCCUCGGCUUACGACUUAUGCACACGCCUUCUGGACCCCGUUCCCAGCCGAAGAAUAACCGCUGAGCUGGCUGUUAAGCACCCCUUUAUCCGAGGGACCGAAGUCAGGACUCAUAUCAGUGCGCCGACGAAAUAG